CCGUUGGGGAUUAGUACAGGCACCAGAGCCUGCUUGCAUGGAUCUAGCUGCAGAAUCUGGGCCUAAACUCAUUUCAGAGUCUACAUGGCGAGAAAUGGAAAAAAUUAAACACACAGUAAACGAAAUGGGGAAUUAGAUUUAUUUUAUUUUUAUGGGGGUUGGUUGAUUGGUUCUUGUUUUGGUUGGGUGGUUGGUUUUAAUUAUUUCUGGUGUAAUUAGUGACAAAGGGAAUGAUUGACUUUUGAAAUGGGAUUGUCAAGCUGGUGGAGCCCUUUGCUACAAAAGAGAUUGUAAACGCUUUGAGGUAGGGACUGUCUGUUUGUACGGCGCUGAGCCCAAUGCGGUCGUGGUCCUGGUCCUGGGAUUCCAACGUAGUCCCACAAUACAAAUAAAUAACAAUAACUGAUAAAAAGGAUGAGCCAGUGAAAAACAACCUAGCCAAGCAGCACAGCUCCUCCUUUUCCCUUUUUUCUGCCCGGCUCAUCUUUACCCCUAGAUGCCAGAGUGUAUAUGAGCUAACAGGCUCCAUUUGGUGGCCACUGGGUUUUUGCAGCUGUCCUCUGAUCAGGCUGUUUAUUCCAGGCAGCUAGGCCUGAAAACACAGGUUUUCCCCACAGCAAUUUGCUCAUCGUGCCACUAGGAGAUGCUGUUUUCACUGCGGUAGCCUCCAAAGGCUGGCAGUAAUUACUGGUUGUACUGCUCUGAGUGCUUUCUCCAUCCUCAGCAGCUAGUGGGAUUUCAGCUUCCUUCAGGGAAGUGGGAAAGGGCAGAGAAGGAAGGGGAAGAGAAACUCAAGACAGGAAAGGACGAGGGGGGCCACAGCUGGCUGAGGGAGAAAGGAAGGGGAGUCACAACAAUGGCCUGAUUUUCAAAGGUGCUCAGCUCCCACUGCGAUCCCAUUUUCAGCCCCUCUGAAAAUCAGGCCAUUAAAGUGACAGGAUGGGGAGAGCAGAGGGGAGGGCUCACAAAGCUAUAGGAGAGGAGAACAGGCCUGGCCUCGGAUCACCUUGGAAGGGGCCAGAGGGCCGCUGCCUGUCUCACGCCUGCACGCCAGCCUGCCUUCCGGAGACAAGAGGUUCCUUUGGGAGGGGAAGAGAAGUGGAAUGCAGCUUAAAAGCUAGAGGACAGGAGAGAGAAAGCAUGGGGGAGGAGGCCUCACCCUUCCAAACGUCAAACAAUAUUAUUGUUCAGCUUGCUUAGCAUUCAAUAGGGAGAAUUUCAAAGAGUGGGGCUAGGAAAGGGGCGCCAUAGGAUUGCUGCUGUUUCCUCCCCUGAAAAGUUGAGCAGUUCAGUCCUACAUAACUCUCUUGGGCAGAGUUAUGAAGGACUGAACUGGUCAAGUUUUCAGGGGAGGAAACACAGCAAUGGCUUCAGUGGGCUUUGGCUCAGGCCUUGUAUACAGGACACACAGCAUCGUUGAAAAGCUGCCACCUCUGGCAUGGGAUGGUGGCAGCCAGCUGGUGCUAGUGUACUAUACAGCAGUGACUAGGAUUUUUUUGGCCAGGAAUCUAGAGCCAAUGAGCAGACGUAUGUGGUGCUGUGGUACCUAGGCAGAGCAGACAGGACCUUGGUUUUUAAAGUCUCAUCUGAAAGAGCCACAUGUAUGUAGUAAACUCCAUUGGACCCCAUUCUUAGGUGCACACUGGCAGCAUAAAGGGACCUUACAGGGGAUGGAAAGAGCUCUCUGAGAAUACCCACUGUGCCGUGGGGGGGGGCCUGGCAUCAGAGUUUUGCUGCUGUCCCACUCCCAGCUCUUAGUGUGGAGGGCAGGGAAGGGGAAUGGCCAAGGUGCACUACCCUCUCCGGCUAUUCUCUGCUUCUCAAACACCACAGAAGGCCCUGGGAAGCAGCGGUGUAAGUCAAGCAACCCUGAGGCUGCUCUGACUUACGCUGGUGGCCAGGUAGGCCCCAGAAUAACCCUAGAGGACCGAGUGUGUGAAUACAGCAUAAAGCCGCCCAUGCCCCUUCUCCUGCAGCCCUGCCUUAAGCACAGGGACAGGGUAACUGAGAAUCAGGCCUAUGGAGUCUAUAGGAGGCAUGAGUUGAUGCUGCUGGCAAUUGAACCUGUGGUUCCGGAGAGCCUAUAGAGUUUUAUGCGUCUUCUGGCACAAUGGCACAUUAGGGACUCUUGUAAAAUGUAAACGUUCAGUUCCAUAGCAAUAAGCAAUAGAUUGUUAAAGGAAACCUAACUCUCUGAGGGAAACACGCAGGCCUUUAUAUUAGUGAAAGGAGGAAAUGAGAGCUGCAGCAGUGACAGAAGAGGAGAUUGCAGCUCAGGGGCUCCCAUGACUCAAACUCUGCUCCCAUAGUUUGUGAUGGCAUCCACACCUGCUUCAGAAUGGAAAUACGGCCUGAUAUUCCAUGGCUGCUGUUCGCUGCUUUCUCCUUGUGUGGCUUUCCACAUAAAUCUCAGAGCAUAGGUCAGCUGUCAACUUUACACAAAAGAAAACCAGGGAGGUGGAUAGCAAAGGAAUGGAGUCAGAUCUGGACAGGCGGUGUCACCCCACUCCUCUGCACACCUUCCCAGCCACACCCAGGUUACCAAGGCCUCGGCAGCGACUCCAUAGUUAAGGCUGCAUCGAAAUCUCUCCUUCAGUAUCUCGAUGGGGGUUGUGGAUGGCAUCUGUCUGAGGUGAUCUUCCCAGCGAGCGCGGGAACCAAUGCCCACGCCCUUGAGCCAUGCACCUGGGAGAUGUGCCUUCCUGGCAGGGGAUUUCACUUUGCCAGGAUACAAUCUGGUAAAUUUACAACAGCCACCACGGAGAGAACACAGGAACCCCCGUUGGGCCCGCCGUGUCCCUUUGACGGAGCAUUCUGGAUUCAGAGACCCCCCCAGCAGGGUUGCUUUGCUGGCAUUCCCAAGCCCCCCGCCAUCCCGCAAGCUUCACCUGCCCUAUCUCCCUCUUCUGCUGUUUGCUUCAUGGAGAACAAGAGCUGCAAAGGGGACAGCCUGCGGCCAGCUGUCCAGUGCAAACACUCUGUCGAGAAGAAGACAAUGACUAACCCUACGACGGUGAUUGAGAUCUACCCAGACACCACCGAGGUGAAUGAUUACUAUCUCUGGUCCAUCUUCAACUUUGUAUACCUCAACUUCUGCUGUCUCGGCUUCAUCGCCUUGGCCUAUUCUUUGAAAGUCCGGGAUAAGAAACUCCUCAAUGACCUGAACGGAGCUGUCGAAGAUGCCAAGACAGCCCGGCUUUUUAACAUCACCAGCUCGGCACUCGCCACUUUCUGCAUCAUCCUCGUCUUCAUCUUCCUGCGCUACCCGCUCACUGACUAUUAGAGCGAGGCCAGCAGCCGCUGCCGAAAUGCCUCAGUGCCAGAAGUGUCCACCGAAUUUCCUCCAGCAAGGAUAUGAAACAACAAUCCAUCUUGAUUGCAAAAAAAUAAAUACAAAAUAGACCCCACCAAGCAACCCCCACCCCUCCAACCCUGACUGGUAUUUGAACUUCUGUAGAAAAAGAAAUUACUUUUACAUUUUUUACAGAAAAAUAUUUAUUUUCAUGAUAAACAAAAGUAUGUGAUAACAUGCAAAGCUUAGAACUAACCACAACAUGAGCCAAUAGCUGCGUAGCUAGACACGGCAAUCAUGGUGGCGGCCGAGGAGUCAGAGAGAACGUUGUGUCAUCGACGAGCCGCUGAUGAAAGUUACAUAAGCAGCCCAAGCGCUGAGCUGUGUUUUAGAUGGAAAACAGCAAAUAGCCCUAUUGGGAGAGGUGAACUGCAGAUCUACCAGGAAGCAUGUGCACUGAUUUAGAGCUCAAGAGAGGGAGGAAAAAUGCCUGCUUCUGCGAGAUAAAACUGAGGAGUAAUGCAGGGCAGAUUCAGGACAUAUCAAAUGUGUUCAGGCUGCUACCACGUCCUCUCUCUCUCUCUCUCUCUCUCUCCUCCCCUUCCCCUCACUCCCAUGGAUAUUUUGUUCUUUUUCUCUUUUUAUACAUUUUUUUUCAUUGAAUUUCAUUUGAAGGCCAGAAUAGCUUACCAUUCCCCGUCCCCAGAGAGCUUUAUCCUUGGGAGUUCAUAGUGGAGAAUCCUGAAGCCUCCCGAUAAACCCCAAAGAUUUAAAACAAAACAAAACUCCUCCAUGGAAUCUCCUGCAAAUGCUGAGAACGUAGGCAACCUUUGGAGAACUUGCAUAUAUCCUGUAUACCGACUCCUACCGUAUUUCUGUAAACUUUCAAUAAAGAUGAUAAUAUCUCUGCC